AGUUACACACGCUCAAGACUACAUACACUGGAAAAAAAGGACAAACGGCUGCUGUAACUACACUGGAUGGACAACAGAUUGAUUAUUAUGACAGUGAGAUAAAGAAGCUGAUUCCCAAACAGGACUGGAUGAAAGAUUAUGCAUCUACAAAAACAUGGAAAGAAUACACUGAGUUCAGAGAACGAGUGCAGCAGACCAACAAAAUCAACAUUACUGCUCUAAUGCAGCGAUUCAAUCAGUCACGUGGUGUUCAUGUGUAUCAGAGGAUGUAUGGAUGUGAGUGGGAUGAUGAGACUAGAGACACACGUGGGUUUGAUGAGUACAGUUAUGAUGGACAGCGUUUGAUCUCACUGGACCUGAAGGAGCUCAGAUACACUGCAUCUGUACCACAGGCAAUACCCACAGUGCAGAAGUGGAACAAUGACAGAAAACAGCUUGAUUCUCAGUGUGCUUACUGGCUGAGAAAGCUCUUAAAUUUCUCUAAAGCUACUUUUAAGAAAACAGGUAUAGUACCAAAGUUAGCAGGACAGAGUUUGACAGAGCCAACCCAGAAGACUGAGAAUGACACUAAGAGUGAUGGAUCUGCAUCAUAUGCUUCAUAUAUCAUGUAUGCAGUUAUUAUUACAAUCCUAGUUAUAUUAAUAUUGAUUAUGCUGUAUGCACUUUGGCGCAACAGGAAUCACCUCAAACUGUACUACAAUAAGAUCAUAUAUUACAAAGAUGUUCACAGUGAUGCACAAAAUCCCGUUCCAGAACCUUCAGAUUUAUAGUUCCUCACCAGUGGAAGGAUCUUCACAGCGCUACCCAACAACUGAGACAUUUGAAAAUGUCCAAGUAUUAUCUUAAGACUUAUAAAGACUCUUUUCAAUGAACAUUCAGCAAUACUGUACAUACUUAAAAUAUUCCUCUUUAUAAUUUUACCCUUUUAUUCCAUCUCUAAUCUUGAGAUUAUAGCAUUUCUUUUAGAAUGAAUCACUUUAGCCGCUUUUCCACCGUCGGGCCAAACCGUUGUGUUCACUCAACCGUUCCGUUCUGUGCUGAUCUGGUCCAGCCCGUAUGGACAUGGUUUCAUUUUCCACUGUGGGUUUGAUAAAGGAGCUCUUCACAAAAAUACAAUACGUUAGUCGUUGUCUUGGUAAUGCAAGAGUUUACAGACGUUUUGAGAUGUAAAUAGCGGCCGCGGAGGAGUUUUCUUGAGUUUACUUUGCUCAAAUAGCGCGCUUGGCCAGGUGGCCUAUCCCGAGACGCGACGUCACUAAACACUUUCUUGUCAGCAGGGUUUCUGGGCCAGUUUGUAAUUGUGCCGUGCCAAGCCAAGCUCAAGAGGAA